AAUGAUUGAAGCGAACAGUGCAGCAGCAACAACAUCGUCGCAAAGAAUUCAAACAAAACGAGUAGAAAAUGAUUUUUCUUCAACAAAUUUAGAAUGGGAAAAUUAUUUAAUUAUUCGAUUUCCACCAGAAAUAGCAAACAAAGUAAAAGAUUAUUUGGAUGAAGAUGCUCAUCAUAUUAGCCAAACAAAACUGAAUAUUAAUUUUAAUCAAAAUUUGCGGUCUGGAAUUUUAAAUUUUGGAAAAUAUGAAAUGGAUUUUUCUUUGUAUGAUUUGCCCUGUAUUUCUGAGGUAAUGAAAACGCUCGAUAAAAAGACAGUAUAUAAAGUAGCUGAUGUAUCCCAAAUCAUUGUUUGUUCACCUCCAGGUGAAAGGAAGAAGGGAGCAAAGACUGAACUUCCUGUUAACGAGAAACACGAGAGGCGAGAAUGGCCGCAUGGUAUCUGUCCGCCUAUGAGGUUUGCACAACGUAAAAGAUUUAGAAAAGUCAAGAGAAAGAAAUAUAUGGAUGCUUCUGAUGUUGAGAGGGAAUUGAAAAGACUUUUGAGAUCUGAUUUGGACGCAGUAAAUGUUAGAUGGGAAGUAGUUUCAAUUGAUGAAAUGGAAAGGGCGGAUAAUGAAACACCACAAGAAUUAAAGAAUAAUUCUGGGAAUAAUGAUGAUACCAAUCAACAGACCGCUGAUGAUUUGGAUUAUGGAUUAUUUUUAUCUGAUUCGGAGAAUGAAGAUUAACUGAGUUUUUAAAUUUAAAAUGUUUAUGUUUCCCGAGACAAGUGUAUUUUUUUAUAAAAUUUC